AGCAAUCGAUCACUACACACAAACGUGUCAUAGCCUUCUUGUGCUUUCCGUUAAAAUAUAACGAAAAAGUUUCAUUUCAAAAAUUUAGUCGUCGAUGCAAUUUCAAACUCGAAACAUACAACGGUCAACCAAAGCACAAUAUUGAAUGGAUGCGGGAAAAAUAACGGAGUCCAAGACGAAUUUAAAGCAAUUUUCGGAUAUUUCGUGAUUUUCAAAACCCAAAUUUUGGCUCGCUCUCAUCGAAUAAGAUAAAACUUUGGUAAAAUGAACGGCGAUAAAGUGGAUGAUGUGCCGGUUAUAAAAUUCAGUGGCGAUAAGUUGAAUGGAAAUUCGAAUGAGGAUGGUGAUAGUGAUGUGAUAUCAACGUAUAUCGGGCAUUACGGCUGGUGGCAAUUUUUCUGGACCGCUCUGUUGGGAUUGUGCCAGUGUCCGUCAACAUUUCAAAUUUAUGCGUUCGUUUUCCAGGGCUACAAACAUGAAUUCCAUUGUGCCCGGCCCGUAGGCAUGGGAAGCGUAAACAUUACACUGUGGCAAAGCUUAACAAAACCAUGCGAGCCGAUAGAUUUGAGAAGUAUACUCGCGGCUACCGGACAAACAUUCGACACAACGGAAGACUUCCAUUCGUACGAGUGUGAAGCGUACGAAUUCGAUGGACACGAGAACGUAAUCAGCGAAUGGGAUUUGGUAUGCGAUCGGGAAUAUUUGGUAAAUGUUGUGGAAAUGUGUUUCCUUGCCGGGGCUGCUGUUGGAAGUAUUUGCAGCGGAUGGGUGUCUGACCGUUACGGUCGGCGGCACACGUUAAUGGUAUUAAUUUUAAUGCAAGCCGUUUUCGGCACUGCGGUUGCCUUCUCAACAUCAUUGUCCAUGUUUAUGGCACUACGAACAGUACUGGGCUUUGCAUCGAUGGGCGUCACCAUGGUUAGUUUCGUGUUAGUCGUCGAACUGGUCAGUGGUAAAUGGCGUACAAUAAUUGGAGUGUUGGACAUAUUACCGGUGGCUGUUUCGUACAUUUUAAUUGCUGGUAUAGCGUAUGUUGUCCCUCAGUGGAGAGAACUGCAAUUGGUUAUUACCGUACCGUGGAUUGGCUUUUUAUUUGCAUGGUAUCAUAUGCCAGAAUCACCUCGUUGGCUGUUGGAGAACGGUAAAAUCGACGAAUUGGUCAAAGUGAUUAACGUAGCGGCAAAGUGGAACAAAAUGGAAUUGCCGUCUGGAUUCGAGAAAACACUACAUCAACCGGAACGAACAGUGACCGCAUCGUUCCUGCAGUUAUUCAAGGGACAGUAUUGUCGGACAACGCUUUUGAUGAUUGUAAUUUGGUAUUCGUUGGUUUUGAUUUAUUUCGGACUCACUUUGCAUUUGGCGCAUCUGGGCGGUGAUAUCUACGUUACAACGAUAAUGGCUGGUUUACUGGAAGCGGUGUCCAUUUUACUUUGCAUUUUUGUGGUACUAAAACUGGGACUCAAAACUAAUUUGGUCGUUUACAUGGUGGUCGCUGGUGCAGGCUGCCUGGCAGUUUAUUUUCUUCCAGACGGAAAUUAUCUCGGUGUGAUUACUUUUGCCAUGAUAGUAAAAUGUUCGAUUGGGGCUACCAAUGCACUCGUUCCGACAUUUACAGCGGUUCUGUAUCCGACCUCAAUGCGUACCUUAUCGGUUGGAAUUGGAAAUUUUGCCGCUGGUCUUGGCUUAAUCACCGUGCCGUAUCUAUGGCUUCUGGAGCAUGUACAGAAAGAUCUGCCCAUGAUAUUGAUGGGAUGUUUCGGUUUAAUAGGAGCUGGCGCAUUAAUUUUGACGAAAGACAAUAAAUUGAUCUUACCGACCGAGGAUGAAAUAAAAAAUGUGAAAGAGCACAACGUUAAGCCAGUGAACGAGAUACCAGAUGUUUAAAGAGGUUUGUGUGCAAUGCAUGCCCCCAUCUUCGGAAUUAAAAGAUUCGAACUUGCAAUCCGAAAGAUCCUGAUUCGAUGAAGAUUUAUGUGAUAUUUUAUAUGUUCUACACCUACUCAACUAUGACGAAUUAUAUUUAUUUUCAGUUUUAUUUUUAUACUUUAUUUAAAACUUAUUUAAGAUAGAUCGCAUUAUCAUUUUAAGAAAAUAAAUUAGAAUUCGACGGAAACA